UUUAGGCGGCCGAUCAACACUUAGCCUCGUCUCCCAGCCUUGCUGCCUAAGUCAGUCUAAAUUGAUGGGUCAUGUGAGAGGCAAUUGAAUUCAGACGGACAAAUAGUCAUAUAAAUCCGCCGAUGAUAAUUCGGAUAUUGACAGCGGGCUAGAUAAAAUGAGUCCAAAGCUAUUAUCGGAUUAUUUUCGACCCGUGAACAGGCGAUCCCGGUCCGUCACCAGAACUGAUAGGAGAACAUUAUUGAGAUCCACCGCAGAAGAAACACAAGCACUCCUUCCCGGCAUACUGAGUGUAAUGCCUCAGGCACCUCCAACGGCGCAAUACUGUCCACGCACCAGAUACCCAGCCUUGAAUCCAAGGUUCAGCCCGAAACUAUCCACUCAUGUCGAGGUCCUGUUCGGAGACACAUUCGACAUCGCAAUCAGACUUAGCAAUCCCUCCAGACAGUUCCGGCAUAGUGGCACGCAGAAUGUGUGUGUUUUGAACAUGGCCAAUGAAGAAAAUCCAGGCGGCGGUUGGCUCAAUGGGGCUAUGGCCCAGGAAGAAGCUCUGUGCUAUCGAAGCAGUCUCAGUUUGACGCUCAAACGACGGUACUAUCCUAUAGGAGAACGAGACUCCAUCUACUCUCCAACGGUCAUUGUAUUUCGUGAAAGCUUCACGCAAGGCCACGGGUUGAUGGACUUGCAGAAGUCCGAGCUUCUUCCUGUUGUGAGCGUGAUCAGUGUGGCCGCGCUAGAACAACCAGAGGUGGAUGAUGCGACGAGACCACCAAGAUUUAAGCAUAGUUCGGAUCGGGAAUUGACAAAAGAUAAAAUGCGGACCAUUCUCCGCAUAUCAGGGUAUAAGAAGCACCGAAGGAUUGUUCUAGGAGCACUGGGUUGUGGCGCAUUUGCAAAUCCGAAUGUUGAGGUUGCGGAGUGCUGGUCCGAGGUUUUGCAAGAGCGCGAAUUUCAAGGAUGGUGGGAGAAGAUUGUGUUUGCAGUCUUGGAUGACAUGUCCAAAGUUGCCCAAGGUGAUAGCAAUUUUGAUGUCUUCCGAGAAAGACUGCAUGGGUUGAAGGUCUAAACGAAUUGACCGGACAGAUGGUAAAGAUGUCAAAGACGAUAAUUUCUAUAGUGAUUUGUCACAGGCUUCAUCUUGCAGGUUCUCUGUUGAGACCACGAUUUCAGUGUCCAUAUCAAAGAGCACGAUAGAUCAUAUAUCUCAUUUCCUAAGCCGGUUUGAGCGCCUCCUUGUAGAGGGCUCUGCUUCUGCCGGCUUAGUCUUCGUCUCAUCUUCGUCUUCAGUCUUGAUGGUCUUCUUGUUCUGUCUCUUGGAUCCCGUCUUUUUGGGUUUGGCAUCCUCUUCGCUGGCUUCGGACUCGCUCUCUUCCUUGAUAACUGAUGCCCGCUUCCGCUUUGGCUUACUCGGUGCAUCGCUGACAUCGUCAUUCUUGAUUUCUUUGGCUACUGGCCCUGUCUUCUUCUGAACGCUCGGAACCACUGCGCUG